AUGUCAAGUGCAGAGUCUUUAGCAGAAGAAACUGAUGUUGUUCAAAUUCUUCGACAAUGGGAAGAAGAACAUUUGACACCUACAUAUGACCCUAUACCAACACUUCAAAGACUGGCAGAAAUUAUAGAAUUGGAAACAGAAAAUUAUUUGAAAAUGGAUCCAGAUCCAUUUGAUGAAAGACAUCCAUCACGUACUGAUCCAGAGUGUAAUUUUGGGCAUAUAUUGAAAGUUUUAUUUAGAAAAGAUAACUUUAUGACCAAGCUUAUAAAUGAUUACUUGCGAGAUACUUACUGGUCUCGUGCGGGCGUCACAGGUCGUGAUGUUAGAAAACUGAAUAUUGCAGCUUGUCGUCUUAUGCUUGAUAUUCUUCCUGGGUUAGAAACUUCUGCAGUAUUUCAACCUGAUAUGGAAGGACUUAUUCAUCGCCUUUUUUCAUGGGCAGAAAAAAGUAUAGAGCCUUUGCAAAGUUAUGCAACAGGUCUUGUAGCUGCUGCUAUGGAAGUACAAGAGAUUGCUACAGGAUUUAGAGAACAAAAUGGAAAAAUGGUGCCUUUAAUGUUACAAAGGCUUCAUAAGUUACAGGAGAAGGCACAAGAAGAUAGACAACUCGCAGCUAAUAAUAGACCAUUUGCACAUUUUGGUGAAGAUAGGAAUAGUGGAGGAGAUGGAGAAAAUAAAGGUGUACCUGGGAAAAGAAAAGUCCGAGAAAAACGAAAAGAAAAUGGAGUUCUUAAAAGUCCCAAUCAUAGUGAUUGUUUUUCUGAGAAAGAAGAUGAUUAUCUUCAGUCUCCCGAUGACUCUGCUCCAUUACCUAAAAAGAAGAAAAAUGAUACAGAGUGUGAAACUCCCAUAAAGAACGAUGUCAUGUAUUUAGAAAUAAUGUCUCCACCUUUAUCAGUGCCAAAGAGCUUCAAUUCUAAUAAUCAAGUGACACCAUCCAAGGCACAAAGCACUCAUAGCAGACCAAUGAGUGCUUCUUCAGCGCGUUGCAAUCUGUCUAAGAACUCUACACCUCUGUCGCAGAGUUCUAGUUCUCCAUCUACUCUGUUGGAAGGAAAUUCUAAUUCGUCAUGGGCAGAGAUGGAGUCAUAUGUUAUUGGAAAUAUGCAAAUACAUCCUCCAACAUUAUCUACAAGACAGAUGUUAAUAUUGAGGUAUCUCACACCAAUGGGCGAAUAUCAAGAAUUCUUAGGUCAUGUAUUUGAACAAAAUGCUCUGGAACUAAUUCUUAAAUAUAUUAAUGUUAGAGAAACCAAGGAUAGUCGUCUAGCCUUUGAAGCUCUGAAAUAUUUAGCUUCUCUUCUCUGCCAUAAGAAAUUCUCUAUUGAGUUCCUCAAUGUUGGAGGUUUACAAAAACUAUUAGAUGUUCCAAGACCCAGUGUUGCAGCAACUGGUGUUUCUAUAUGUUUAUACUACUUAGCAUAUUGUGAAGAUGCAAUGGAAAGGGUGUGUCUGCUGCCAAAACAUGUUAUAUCAGAUCUUGUUACUUAUGCAUUGUGGCUCUUAGAACGAAGUCACGAUUCUGGGAGAUGCCAUGCAACAAUGUUUUUUGGUUUCUCCUUUCCAUUUAAAGUAAUAUUACAGGAAUUUGAUGCGCAAGAUGGGUUAAGAAAACUUUUCAAUGUGAUAUCCACAUUACCAAUCUUAAAUUUAGAAGAAGAACCAACAUUAAAUGAUGAUGAAGAGUGCGCUUCUAGACAGAUAGUUAGACAUGUUGCAGUAGCUUUAAAGCGGUAUAUGGAAGCCCACUUACAUCUAAAAGCAGAGCAAUUACAGAGAGCUGAAAAUGUUAGAGCCGAACGUGAUACAUUGCAACCAUCUUUACCUCCUUAUAAAGCUUGUAAAUUAAGUAGUGAAGAAGUACAAGCAAAGCUGGAAAUUCUUCAAGAACUAAUGUCUGUAAGAGCAGUAUGGCCACCCGUAGAAGAACUACAUCGUCUUGGAGGCAUAACACUUCUACUGCAAAUUAUUGCUUUCGCUAGAGAAUGGAAUUAUAGUGGCCGUGUUCACACAACUUCCAGUGCAGAAACAGUUCGUUCCUGUCUUGACGUAAUAGCCAUUUGUUCUGUCGUGCCAAAAGUAAUGCUUUUACUUUGUGAAAGAGUGGAUAUGCCAGACAUGUCGAUGACGAUGGCAAUCAAUUUACUUUUGGCUGCCGCAGAGUGUGAAAUUAUUGCUGAUGCUGAUGUGCAAAGAGCUGCACUGAGAGCUGUAAUUAAUUGUGUUUGUGCUCCAAUAAACAGGAUUGGUGGUAAUGUUGCUAGAUAUUCAGUAACAGGUUCUGCUAAAAAAAAAGCAAAUAUUAACAACAGUGAAGAAUUGAUUCAAAAAAUUUGGGAGAGUGUCAGAUCCAAUAAUGGAAUAAUGGUGUUGUUACAAUUGAUGAUGGUGAAAACUCCAAUCACAGAUGCAGAUAGCAUAAGAGCAUUAGCAUGUCGUGCUCUGGCAGGAUUAGCACGUAGUGAAAAGGUCAGACAAAUUAUUAGUAAACUUCCAAUGUUUACUGAUGGGCAAAUUCAGGCUCUAAUGAAAGAUCCUAUACUUCAAGAAAAAAGACAAGAACAUGUUAUGUUUCAAAAGUAUGCUUUAGAGCUAAUGGAAAGGGUGUCUGGAAAAGCGAAACCUACUGGAGCAGAAUAUGAAAUUUCUUUAGCUAGUCUACACAGAGCAAACGUGGUAGCGCAAACAAGAAUACAAUACAACGAACAACAGUUGAAUCAAUUAAUAUAUCAACAUUUAAUAUCAAAAGGUUUAACAGAAACAGCAACAACUCUUCAAAAAGAAGCAACUCUAGAUUCCUCAACGACAAUGAAACCUAUAAUAACAUAUCAUCCACUUACCUACCGCAAUCCAGUGACCACCGGACCUAGGAAUGGAUUUUCACCAGGAGCACCUGUUAAUUUAUACAAUACAAGUAGAUGUAAUCAAAGAGAAGUGGCUUCUCGGGCUAACACUACUCCCACUUCGUCAUCGAGAUUUAUAUCCCAUUCAGCUACUAGUUCAAGCUCAACAUCUCUGACGUCUGCAAAUAAUCUGCGCUUGAAACUUUCUGACUGUCCCAAUCAAAAUGCUGUUCCACCUAGCACAAAUCAGCCAAUUAAACUUCAAAUUACAACAAAAAAAAAUCAAGUUGAUAAACAGCCUCUAGUCAAUUCUAUGAAUUGUCAAUCUACUAUUCAAUCGACUACAUGCAGAUCAUUACAAAAACAAAUUUCAAGAGAUCCUGGAGGCGUCACAGCUGCUGGAGUUGCUACCUCUAAUCCAUCUACUAUAACAUUGGAUUCUAUUAUUACAGAAUAUUUAACUAAUCAACAUGCACUGUGUAAAAAUCCUAUGGUUACUUGUCCACAAUUUAAUCUUUUUGAACCACAUAAGUGUCCAGAUCCUUGUACAAAGAAUUCAACACCAACAAAUGUAACUGUAAGACUGGCGAGAAGAGCAUUAGGUAUAGAUGGUAGAAGAUUGGAUAGAAGACAUAUUUAUAGUCGGUUUUGCCCUGUAAAAACUUUCAGGCCUACGGACGUUGGAAGUUUUACCUGUUGCAUUUUUUUGCCUUGUCAGGACUAUCUAAUGUUAGGUACUUACGCGGGGGACGUUAAAAUGGUCAAUGCACAUACAGGUUUAGAGGAAGCAACGUAUCCAUGUCACGAGUCUUAUGUUUAUCACAUGGAAUGUAACCAGCGCGGAAAUUUAUUAUUAUGUUCUACUGUAUGGAGAAGCCCUAUGUCCGCACUUUGGAGCAUAGGAACUUUCUUUGAUUUAAAAUUGUCUUUAGAAAAUGAAGAUUAUGUUGAAUUUGGAAAGCUCCAAGAUAGAAUUAUUGGAACUCAAGGUGAAAGUGCUACGAUUUAUGAUAUAGCAACUGGAAAACUAUUAACUACUCUUACACCUGCAAUUUCUAAUCAAUACACCAAAAAUCGAGCUACGUUCAGUAUGAAUGAUGAACUAGUUUUAAGUGAUGGAAUUCUGUGGGAUGUAAAUUCAGGAAAAGAAAUUCACAAAUUUGAUAAAUUAAAUCAAACACUUAACGGAGUUUUCCAUCCUAAUGGUACAGAGGUGGUAUCAAAUACAGAAGUUUGGGAUUUAAGAACUUUCCAUUUAUUGAAAACAGUGCCAACACUUGAUCAAAUGGAAGUAAUAUUUUCACCAGUUAAUAAUAUUAUAUAUGCAGUACCUUUGGAUCAAGAAAAUAGAGACGAAUCACAUUAUGUUACUUCAUUUAAAACAUUAGAUGCUUUGGAUUACAGUAAUGUUGCGACUUGCGACGUCAAAAGAGGGAUUUACGGACUGGCUUGUAAUAAAUUCGACACACAAAUAGCCAUAGUUGAAAAUCAGGGUGAAUUUGAUAGUAUCCAAGAAUCUUGCGUUAGGUUGUACGAUGUCGGUAGAAGGAGAGAUGAUGAGGAUGAAGCUGAUGAAGACGAUGAUGAAGAUGAUCUUGAUGCAAGCGAAGAUGAUGGCUCAAAUUCUGGCUCUGAUGAUAAUAAUGCUAAUGACGCAGACAAUCCAGAUGCUGGUGCGGAAGAGAAUGGUGAUGAAAAUGAGCGUAACGAUCGUGAAAACAAUGAUGAUGAUGACGACGACGACGACGAUGACGCAGCCGACGGCGAUGAUUCCGGGGAAGAUCUGACGGAUUAUAGUCGGUCACCAGAUUUUCCAGAGUUUUCUCUUUCUGACGUUGAUGUCGAUGAUUUCGAAAUUCUUUUUUCAUAAAAAUCCUAAAAAUAGGAUCAAAGAUUAUGAAUUUCUGUUUUAAGCAGUACCAAUCAUUAUUAAAAAGAUUUUAUUUCACUGUAGGUCAAUCGUGAAGUUGAAAUAUGUUUUAUAAUUAAAUAAUGGGGAUUCUAUUAUCAAUUACGAAUUGGCGAAUUGAAAAUAUGAAUGUAAAGCAAAGAUAAGAUAAAAAUAAUAUAAAUAAUUAACUAGUAAGAAGUGCUACAAAUUUGGUCAUUUUAUUUAAUAAUUGAAGGAUUGAAUAAUCACAGUUUUAGUUUCUAUUCAUUUUUAUAUUGUAAGAUUUUAAUUGCAGGAAAAGUAAUUUUUAAUGAAAUAUAUAAAUUUACUGUGUAAUUUUGUAUCAACUUUGUCAUGUAAACUGUAUUGUUCAUUUCGCCAAUAUUAGAAUUUUUUAACGAUUCGUCAAUUAUUAAAAGUUAUAAAGAUUGACCACUAAAAUGAAACUACAAUCAACUUACUCAGCAAAAUGCUAAAUUUUAAAACGAUUGGUUGCUAAUGUAAUUCUGAAUUCUGAACGGACUUCCCGCUCGUCGAUUUAAAUGUACAUAUAUUAUUUAAGGUAUUUGUUGUUCAAUGAACAAGUAUCAUAUAUUCACUAUUAAAAAGCUGAUUCUCAAUAAGAGAUUUUCUUCAUCUUCAAGAUACUCACAAGAAGUUAUAUCGAUCGGAUUGAUCAUGUUGAAAAAUCAUUGAAAUCGAAGUUCGAUUAUUUGAAACCUUAAUGAAUUACAACAGUACAUUUUUGAAAUUUUUUGAAUAUAUUCUUAUGUAUAUGAAAUAAUAUGUACGGGAGAGAGAAAUUGAGGGAAGGAAAAGUGAGAGAGAGAAGGAUGGGUGGACGGGAGGAAAACAGACAGGAAAGAGGCGUAUGUGUAUGCGUGUGCGUGUAUGCGUGUGCGAGUAAGAGAGAUUGUAAAAAGUUGAUUUAAUCCUGUCGUUUGUUAUCAAUAAUAAAAAAUCGUGAAUUUGUAUAGACUUGCUCUAAUAAAAUAGAACCGCGCUUUAUGAAAAAGUUUCA